AUGCCGGGGCUAACUGAAUGGCACUGGGUUACAGUGGAGGGGUUGGCCUGGAUUAACAAUGUUGUUCAUUCCUCCACCAUUGCUCUGCCGCUCUGUGCCACUGCAGGCCACGUGCAAUCCAUGCGCUUGGCUGCCAUACGCUCGUGCGCCUUCCACAGCCACAGAGAACCUCAGAAAUUGCAGGAGUGUCCUCAAUCCAGCAACAUCAGCGGCUUGCUGAACCUCGCCAGCGUUGCAGGUUGUCAUGCCACAAAAGAAUACACGAUGGAGUCCUUUCUGCCUAUCGACUAUGAGCUUGAAACACCAAACAUCUGCAGAUCUGAUUCGGAUUUGCUGACAAAAAAAUAUAGUGAGCCGCGUGACGAAAGGCUUCUGGAUUUCUGUUCUUGCAGCGUGACGAGCAGGAUAAUACAGAAGAUUGUGUUUAUUGGAGAGAUGGAAACAAUGAUCCGUGCCACGCCACUGCUGCUGUUUUUCCAACUCAGUGUGGUGAACCCCACCUCCAAUCCCUGGGCUGUGUGUCCCAGAGAGUGCAAUUGCAGAGAAGGCCUCAAGUAUGUGAACUGCACGUCGGCCACGCUCCACCAGAUCCCCGCCAGCCUACCGCAGGACACGGAGCACCUGGACCUCUCCAACAACAAUCUGACCGUCCUCCCGACAAAAGCAUUCCACACACUGUGGAGGAUGAACAUUCUCCUCAUUAGUUCCUGCAAUGUGAAGCAUGUGGAAGAUGGUGCCUUCGCCUUGCUGGAGAACCUCUGGAGGUUGGAUCUCCAGAGAAAUGACAUCAGGCAGUUGGGCAGCAGUUUUUCCACUGGCCUCUCCUUCCUCAGUGAACUCAUCCUAUCGGAUAACAACCUGGACAGGAUUAGUUCACAAAUGUUCCAGUACAUGGAUAAUGUGAAGAAACUCUACCUUGACAAAAACCGCAUUGAUCACAUCAUGAAUGGAGCUUUCAGAAGUAUGACAAGGCUCCGGCACCUGCACCUUCAGGAUAACAGGCUUGAUUUCCUAGACAACGGUGUCUUCUUUAUGCUUCACAGUCUGGAGGUGUUGAAUCUUCAGGGUAAUCGAAUCAAAGAUGUGGACACCGGCGUUUUCACUUCAUUGACUAGUUUGACAAUCUUAAACCUUUCCAGGAAUGGCUUGGAACGGAUUAAGUUCAAGAUGUUCUUGGGCAUUCAGACUUGGGGCAUUCACAUCCUGCUGUCCCAGAAUAACUGGACGUGUGACUGUGAGCUUCAGAGGGUUUUCGGCAAGUUGCACAAUGUCCAGCGCUUGAUGGUGGAUGACUACGACGAUGUGAUCUGCUUGGAACCGCCGGCGCUGAGAGAUUUGCCUUUAGCAUCUGUUGAUACGCAGCUGUGCAUAGCAGAGACCGUCACCGUUUUGGUCAUCACUUUCACGGUCUUCAUCAUCGUGGUAGCCGCCAUUGUAAUGGCGGAAAGGAGCAGGAAGAAACGGACUGGAAAGCACUGGAGUGAGGAAAGCGAAGACUUGGAUUCCCAAGAUUCCCUUUCCCUUCCACUUUUCCGCACUCCAUCUCCGGGCCGUUUGGACUCCGUCCUCAGCGACCCACUGGCGACAAUCCGGCUCUCGCCACUGAAUCAUCACCUCUCCACGAACACAAAGUGGGAUCUCAGCACAGAAGGAGAGAUGGAAACAAUGAUCCGUGCCACGCCACUGCUGCUGUUUUUCCAACUCAGUGUGGUGAACCCCACCUCCAAUCCCUGGGCUGUGUGUCCCAGAGGGUGCAAUUGCAGAGAAGGCCUCAAGUAUGUGAACUGCACGUCGGCCACGCUCCACCAGAUCCCCGCCAGCCUACCGCAGGACACGGAGCACCUGGACCUCUCCAACAACAAUCUGACCGUCCUCCCGACAAAAGCAUUCCACACACUGUGGAGGAUGAACAUUCUCCUCAUUAGUUCCUGCAAUGUGAAGCAUGUGGAAGAUGGUGCCUUCGCCUUGCUGGAGAACCUCUGGAGGUUGGAUCUCCAGAGAAAUGACAUCAGGCAGUUGGGCAGCAGUUUUUCCACUGGCCUUUCCUUCCUCAGUGAACUCAUCCUAUCGGAUAACAACCUGGACAGGAUUAGUUCACAAAUGUUCCAGUACAUGGAUAAUGUGAAGAAACUCUACCUUGACAAAAACCGCAUUGAUCACAUCAUGAAUGGAGCUUUCAGAAGUAUGACGAGGCUCCGGCACCUGCACCUUCAGGAUAACAGGCUUGAUUUCCUAGACAACGGUGUCUUCUUUAUGCUUCAGAGUCUGGAGGUGUUGAAUCUUCAGGGUAAUCGAAUCAAAGAUGUGGACACCGGCGUUUUCACUUCAUUGACUAGUUUGACCAUCUUAAACCUUUCCAGGAAUGGCUUGGAACGGAUUAAGUUCAAGACGUUCUUGGGCAUUCAGACUUGGGGCAUUCACAUCCUGCUGUCCCAGAAUAACUGGACGUGUGACUGUGAGCUUCAGAGGGUUUUCGGCAAGUUGCACAAUGUCCAGCGCUUGAUGGUGGAUGACUACGACGAGGUGAUCUGCUUGGAACCGCCGGCGCUGAGAGAUUUGCCUUUAGCAUCUGUUGAUACGCAGCUGUGCAUAGCAGAGACCGUCACCGUCUUGGUCAUCACUUUCACGGUCUUCAUCAUCGUGGUAGCCGCCAUUGUAAUGGCGGAAAGGAGCAGGAAGAAACGGACUGGAAAGCACUGGAGUGAGGAAAGCGAAGACUUGAAUUCCCAAGAUUAA